CCAUAUAGGCAAACUAUGGGGAUGCUAUGGGGACACAACGGGGACCCUAUGGGGACCCUAUGGAGGACAUUAUGGGGACCCUAUAGACACACAGUGGGGACCCUACGGGGACAUUAUGGGGCCAUUAUAGGGUCGCAGUGCCCUGACCUCAUUUCCCCCUCCCCCCAGCUCCCCAAUUUCCUGCAGAAGAUCCCCGAUUACGGGCUGUAUUCCCACGACGUGGAGUUCAUCAACCACCACCUCCGGCUGCACACGCGGGGCCGCGUGCUUUACCAGCUGGCCGUGUCUCUGUGCCGGGCCGCAGUUUGGGGUUACUUUGCCGGGGUCCGUUUGGAGGUGCUGGCGCUGACGAGGCACCCGGAGCUGGGCUGCAUCCGCGCCCGCUGGCGCCUGGUUGGGGUUCCCUUCCACCUCUGCCUGCUCCGCUUCUACCGCCGCGACAAACGGGACCUGCUCAGGUCAGCUCACACCUUGUCACCUUUGUCACCUCCCUGCCACCUCUGCGUCCCCAUCGGCACCGCUGAGCCCGUUGGCACCGUGUUGCCAUUGUCCCUCUUGUCCCCGCUGUCCCCAUUUGUCUCCAUUGUCACCUCUGUGUCCCCAUUUGUCACCCCUGUGGUACCUCUGUGUCCCCAUCGUCCCCACUUGUCACCAUUGUCACCACUGUCCCCAUUUGUCCCCACUGUCACCUGUGUGUCCCCAUUGUCUCCACUCUCCCCAUUGUCCCCAUUUGUCACCAUUGUCCCCAUUGUCAUCUCCGUGUCCCCACUGUCCCCAUUUGUCACCACCAUCCCCCAUAUCCCAAUGUCCCCAUUGCCCCCCAU